GGACAGACGGGCUGCCGUUGCAUCGUUGCUCCUUCCCGCUGCGCUGGGAAGCAAGACAGACAGCUCCCUGACCGAGACUGAACAGCAAAUCAAAGACAAAGAAACAAGUGGUCAUCAAAUCGAUACUUGAAUUGUUUGGUUUUGGGCACCAUGGUGAAGCAGCGGCGCGUCAGAGCGCACUCCUGUUGCGCAGCUGUCGCGCCUUUUUGUUGCAGAAGAGGAGCAGUGAAGACUCUCACAGAGCCGGCCAUCUUUGCCAGGGAGACCAGCUGUGAUUGUCGCGCUCCGCAUGAGAAACUGACCAUCGCACAGGCUCGCAGAGGCACCCCAGUGGACCGGCCAGUCAGAGUCUAUGCAGAUGGCAUCUUUGACCUCUUCCACUCUGGACAUGCUCGUGCUCUCAUGCAGGCCAAAAACCUCUUUCCCAACACCUACCUCAUAGUAGGAGUGUGCAGCGAUGAGCUGACCCAUAAGUACAAAGGCUUCACAGUCAUGACGGAGCACGAGCGUUACGAAGCGCUGAGACACUGCCGCUAUGUUGAUGAGGUUUUGAGAGACGCACCCUGGACUCUCACGCCUGAGUUCCUUGAAAAACACAAGAUCGAUUUUGUGGCUCAUGAUGAUAUCCCAUACUCCUCAGCAGGAAGUGAGGAUGUUUAUAAACACAUCAAGGAGGCAGGGAUGUUUGUGCCCACACAACGGACAGAGGGAAUCUCAACUUCUGACUUAAUUACCAGAAUUGUCAGAGAUUAUGACGUUUAUGCCCGACGCAACCUUCAACGUGGCUACACGGCCAAGGAGCUGAACGUCAGCUACAUCAACGAGAAGAAGUACCGACUACAGAACCAAGUGGAUCGCAUGAAGGAGAAGGUUCGCACAGUUGAGGAAAAGAGCAAACAUUUUGUUUACCGCGUGGAGGAGAAGAGUCACGACCUCAUUCAGAAAUGGGAAGAGAAAUCCAGAGAAUUUAUUGGCAACUUUCUAGAACUUUUUGGACCUGACGGGACAUGGAAACAAGUGUUUCAGGAACGCAGUGGUCGAAUGCUGUCCUACGCUCUGUCGCCCAGAGAGUCGCCCUGCAAUAGUCCUCCCCGCGAACUGUCCCCCCUGCGCUCUCCCUCUCCCCCGUCUCCCCCCGCCCGCUGGCACAAUGCACGGCCCUCCCCCCCUACCUCCCCCAAAGGAGCGUCUGCCUCCAUGAGCAGCAUGAGUGAAGGUGAUGAAGAUGAGAAGUAGACGAACUGCUGAACACACACAUAUAUACACACAUCACUCAUAGCACACUGCCUGGAAACUACUCACACGCACACACACACACACACACACACACACACACACACACACACACACACACACACACACACACACACACACACACACACACACACACACACACACACACACACACACACACACACACAUACACACACACACACA